UUCGCCGCGACCGUGCGCCCCCUGUGUGUUGAACAGGAAGUAAUCAUUAAGGAAACACGAAAAGUCGUGAAAAAUUGCAAUUAUCACGGGGAAAUUGCAUGAUUUUGUGGAUUUUUCCAAUUGCAAGAGAUUCUGUAAGGAGUAAGAAGUACAACGAGAUUCUAGACUAAAACCCGCUUAAAUCAACUCAGGAAGUUCAGGAGAAUGGAUCCAGGUGUCGGAGAUUUUGUAGGGAGUCCCUCUAUAUCAGAUGCCAAUGACCAGAAGCGACGCAGCUCUUCCCGGUCCAUCAAGCGCAAGCGAUUCGACGACGAGAUUGUGGAAUAUAGCCUGGGACUCACGCCUACGCAGAUAAAUCGUGUGGCACGAUCGCGCACUCAGUCGCAGUCCUAUGUUGUGCCGCCCACAACUUAUGCUGAGAUGGUGCCUUCGCCGACUCCCGUCGUCACGCCAGUGGCCACAGUUUCCGCCCCGCCGGCUCACAUGGUGGCCACAGUGACUCAGGUGGCGAAUGUGUUGCCCCCGACGCCGCCCGCAGUGGUGCGCGAGCAUCCGGCGAGUGUCUCGCUGGAGAAGAGACGCAGCCUGAAGAGCUCCAAGAAGAGCAAACGUCAGAGAGGCGCUCAUCAGGUGUCCACGAAGGAUUUGGGCCGGUGGAAGCCAAUUGACGACUUGGCACUGAUCAUCGGCAUUCAGCAGACCAACGAUCUCAAGAUGGUUCACAGAGGAACGAAGUUCUCCUGCAAGUUCACAGUGCAGGAGUUGCAGGCUCGAUGGUACUCGCUGCUGUACGAGGAGUCCAUCUCACGCAUCGCCGUGGCGGCCAUGAGGAAUCUCCAUCCGGAGCUGGUGGAGAAUGUGCAAAGCAAGGCUCUGUACACGACGCAGGAGGAGGACUUGCUGGGCACCGUCAAGAGCACAUCAGCGCCCACACUUGAGACAUUCCAGGAGUUGCUGGACAAGAAUCCCGCCGUCUUCUAUCCAGCACGCACGGCAAAGUCCCUCCAGACGCACUGGAAUCUGCUGAAGCAGUACACUUUGCUGCCGGAUCAGGUGAUGCAGCCGCUUAGUCGGGACUCCAUGACCUUCUCAGACACCGAAGAACUCAUCAACGACGCCGAACUCGUGGAUCUGCGCGACGAGGCGCUGGAGAUUGAGCUCGCGCUGGCGGACAGACGCAACAAGCGAGAGAUUCGUCAGCUGGAGAAUGAAUUGUCGCGAUGGACGGUGCUUGUGGACUCGCUGGCGGGCAUCGGAUUCACGCCGGAGUUCGACAAGGAGACGCCAGCCGUCCUGCGAGGGCGUCUCGUGCGAUAUCUGAUGCGCUCGCGCGAGAUCACAAUGGGGCGCUGCACCAAGGACUUCACCGUGGACGUGGACCUGAAGCUGGAGGGACCAGCGCACAAAGUGUCGCGCAAGCAGGCCACCAUCAAACUGCGCAGCAACGGAGACUUCUUCAUGACCAACGAGGGCAAGAGGGCGAUCUAUGUGGACGGAAGUCCUCUGCUCACGGGCGCCAAGACGAGGCUGAACAACAACAGCGUCAUUGAACUCUGCGGCCUGAGGCUAAUCUUCCUCAUCAACUAUGACCUGAUCAAUGCGAUUCGCCAGGAGAGCGCCAAGAUGAACAUCCCGCUCACGUAACAGUGAGAGAAGAGACUCAGU